CAAAGGAGGUGGGACGGUGGUCGAAAUCGUUGACGAUUCCUCCUCAUCAUCAGGAUUUCACAUUGAUACUCUUGUCAAACUUACGGAAGAUGAUCCUGAUUAUUCGUCAACCUCUGGUCAAAUAAAGAAAAAUGAUGCCACGGAGCAGCAGUUGGAUUUGGAAAGAGGUAUUGACGCCAAUUUCGCUUCUGAUAGUACUGUAGCGAAAGAGUCAGAAACAAACAAACAAGAUUGUUCUUCAACGACUCUCAAUUCUAAUCAUGAUUCCUCUGCACAGCAGCAGGAAAUUCUUCGAACCACGCCGGGAGCCUUUGCGAUCGAAAGAUUAAUAGGGGAAUCGGGAGUCGUUUCUGGACCCUCAACAGCGAUUCUUCGAACCACUCCUGAACUUCGCCAGAGCAUGAGCCUUGGUUUUCGUGUUCGAGCUCCAGACGAAACCUUGCCAACAUUGGCUCAGUCCGAGACUGCGUGCGCCCUUCUUAGCAGCCAAGAUAUUUAUCGCGAAUCGGGCGAGGAAGAACAAACCAACGUGAUAAGGGCAGUGCUCGUUAAGAAUAACACACAUAUCUACGAAGCAAGCCCCGUAGAGAGCGUGGCAGAGGACAASAYGAAGAAUAAAUGGUCCUCGAAGACAUUAUUUUUGUGUGCCGCGAGUGCCAUAUUAUUCGUGCUAGUAACAACAAUKGCGUUCGUUGUUGCAGGAAAAACCAAAGGAGAAAAAUCUAUGAAGAUGAACCCCGGUUCCACCCCAGAUCCUUUAAAGGAGAAACGGCGAGACUAUUUGCUUUCUCUUCUGGCCCCCCUUAGCGGUCCCGCAGAAGAACAGGUCUUCAAUCGGGGAAACAACACAGYUAUGUCGAUGGAUCGGAUUAAUGCUCUCAGUUGGCUUGUUGAAGACACUAGAAACAAGAUUAGUCUGACCACAGAACGGAACGAUCCAAUUACAAAUAAAUCGGUAGCAGAGCCAGUUCCGUUAUGGAAGCUUCGUCAACGGUAUGUUUUGGCUCUAUUUUAUUUUGCCACAGACGGAGUGAAUUGGGACGACCAAUAUUUCUUUCUUUCGACACAGGAUGAAUGUCAGUGGACGAAACGAUUCCCUCUAGCAAAUGGUGAAAAACAAAUGGGUGUUUCUUGCAACGACGAAGGUCGUGUCACUGGGAUCUCAUCGAGUGAGUACAUGUUGAAUGCAACGAUUAAUUGACGGCGUGCUUUGUUAUGGAAGCGUUCUAACUUCUGCGACUGCACUUCUCUUUUCUCGUACAAUAYCUGACCAUAAUGAGAAAGGAUGGAAUGGUUUGGCAGGGACAUUACCCCACGAGCUAUGUUUUCUCGCGGACACUUUCGAACAUCUCAACCUCGCCGGGGAUCUGAUGACUGGAACCAUUCCCGAGGAAUACGAGAGAUUCACGAAACUAAGGACCCUCGUGUUAGAUGACAAUUGUAUCGAUGGGACCAUACCCCAGAGUCUUCUGAGGCUGCCCACACUCACUAGAGUCAGCUUUGUGAACACUCCUUGGCUGUCGGCGCCAAUGAAUGAAUUUUGUAACCGUCAAGAUUAUAAAGAAGGGACGAUUUCUAUUGCGGGCGACUGUUCAGGUGAAACCAAUGGAUGCGAGUGCUGCACUUGCUGCAAUCCUGACACAUUUCGAUGUACCGAUCGGGAGUCGGGAAAUUCCUGGAAUUCCUAUAAUUUGAACGCCUUUACAGAAAGGGGUUUCGUCAAGAGCUUCCGAAAAAAUACGUGUCGGACAGAAAACAGUAAGCAUUGGAUAGCAAACGAGUGCCCCUWUAUCAUCAACAGUAACACCAAUCUUGACACCAAUCGAUUCGAAGGCGAGUGCACGAAAAAUGGUGCUCAGAAAGGUGCUCAAAUAAGUCACGAUGCAUUUCUCUGGUUCUAAUCUGUCAGGCAACCAAUGACUGAGCACUUUGCAUUCCAACUGGUUUCUUUGAGCUUGAUCCGUYUGAUAGAAAACCUUUUAACUGAUCCCAUCUGAUCUCACCUCUGCCGUAGCACCUAUCAUCGACAACUGAUAACUUCGGUGUCACCCGCAUCAGUGAUUCGCAACCACAAUACGCAAACACGACGAAAUCAUAGGAUUUCACUUUCAGGAAGUCCAAGUAUUCAACUAAGUGCACUUUUCCGUUCAAAAUYUCACAGUUYUUGGUACAAAACGUGUACUCUUUGACAUCUCAACAGGAUUUAUCUGCCCUCUCGGAAGAACCCUUUGAAAUAAUGAAUCGUCCCCGAAAAGAAGGGGCAACCGGAAGCUCCGCUUCCAUAUUCAAUUCCACCCUGAUCAGUGAUUCAAAAUCAUUGCACGCAAACAAUACGGAAAGCUUGGACUGAAACGUUCAAGAAUUCAGCAAUACACACGCCUCCGUUCAAAAUAAGUAUGAUGAAUACUACUUCUAUCGUUGCAAAAUUGUAUAAUUACAACUCUUUUCAUAGUACUACUGCCAGUAAUAUUAGUAACAUCUACUGUCAUGUAUCCCUUAAUGGGAGCGUACACAUAGGCAUACUAACGCCCAUUUGUCGAUCGACAGUCAAAAUACUGUGAGCCAAUACAAACACCAUGAUUGUGCUGACAGCCUCCUCUCCUUGAAUAUCAUUGACCCAUGUUCGAUAUGUGAUUACAAUCUACCACUAUGGUCUACAACAAUCAUAAUCAAGUUAGUUGUCCUACUCGUAGUAGUCUUUUUGGAUACAUCCCCUAUUCAAAAAUACAUAGCAUUAUUUUCAACCACAUCUCAUACCAGUGAACUACUCUACUACGUACGUACUCCUAGAAGUACCGGUACGUGAUCUACGCGCAUGAUUCGUAAAACCUAUCUGUUUUAAGGUUCUGUUGUUAUCGAUUGAAAGCGUGUUCAUCAACAAGAGCUGUACCACAUAGAGCCUUGUGCAGAACAGACCUCCACAGAUGGGAGAAGCUAUUGCAAUCGGCACCAGACAAGGGCAAGGCGAAGAGAGCAGCAACAACGAUAAUCGAAAUUGCAGCCGAGACGCAUUUCGAGGAGUUGCUCGUCCGAUCUCAUUGUCUGAAGAAUUUAGCCAUGUCGUCAAAGCUUUGGAAAGCACGGAGCGAARCCUGCGACUGAAAAGYCAUCCCAUGCUAUUCGAUCGUGCCCCUCACCUCGAAGUAGACGACGUAAAGGAUAUUGAGAAAGAGCGGCAAAAGAAGAAGCACCRGCAAAAAGAAGAGCAGUUGCAACAGCUUCAGCAACAGCCAGGUGGUGCCAUGGUAUCGACGGCGGCUCCAAUCAAAGCCACCAUUUCGAAGGAUACCCUAACUGCAUCAUUGAAACGACUGCUUUUAAAGGGAGUUUUCAAAAUGGAUCAUCUCAUGAUUCCAUCCGAGCUGUCGCCAACAUUCCGGUUCGAAUCUAUCUUGACACUGGACGUGAGCCACAACGAAUUGACCGACCUGCCGGGAUUGUCCCUGUUCAAGAAUCUGCAAACUCUCGAUCUGAACCGAAAUUGGUUCAACACCCUACCAUCGGAAAUCGGAAUGCUGAACGAGCUCCGGACGCUGGUUGCUUCUCGGAAUUUUCUGCGGCCCAACACCCAGUCUCUACGGCUGGAAUCACUAAGGGAGUCUGCUAGACACCUCGAAACAUUCGAUCUGCGGUACAACCAGAAAUGCGGCCGGCCCUUCCAUCGCGACAGGGUGCAAGAGGAACUCUUGCCACUGAAGCCAACCAUCCAGAUGACGCUGUGGGAGGAACUCGGAGAGACACCGGGAACCUACAUUGGAUCGAGUGCCGCGGUCCGCAAUCCGAUCCUCCUCCGCAGCCAGCUCGAGCCACUGGGGACGGUGGCCCUCCGGAAAAGGUUGGUCCGCGAUUUUGGUCAGGAGCCGACGGACCCCUCGGAGGUUGAUCGUGCGGGGGUGAUGAGGCGCCUGCUCAGGGCAUAUUUCGACGAGGGCAUGGCCCAUUUUCAGGGAAACGCCGGAGUGGCAAACCAAACGGACGAAGCGUGCUACGACUCCCUGAUCGCGAAUCGAACCACCCUGCAGGUCUACGGAACUCCCGUCCCACAAACAAACCUCAAUGAUCUACUGGAAGAACUCAACAAGUGGACGUCCUACACGGGAUUGGUAAACAAAAACCGGGAACGGCCAUCUAUUCACGCAAGCAACUACAUGAUCCUGCGGAGACCGAGAUCCAGGGAGGAGCUGGCGGCCGAAGAAUCUCGCAGCACACGCGACAAAAAGUCUCGCCGGGCGAUCCGCAAGGCCAAAAAGCUGGAGCGCUACCGCCGCCUUUGGGAAGUAGGGAUCGCCGCCCUCCGCAUGGUGGAUCCGGUCUUUGCCGACCAGAAAUGCACGGAGAUCGCCGUCACGCACGGGUUUUCGGGGAGCCCCCACAUCGACAAGCAGAACUGUGGGCCCUUUUACGGGCUGAGCCUGGGGAACUUUGACGACUCGGACGGGAAGGGAGGGAUCGUGGUCGAGUCUUCCGCGCGGGUCGUGGUGCAGGUCAACACCCGGAACCGGCUGGGACGCGUCGACGGGCGUUUUGUGCACUGGGUAAAGCCGUGGGGGAGGCACGACCGCCACGGGCAGGAUUCCUCCGGUGCCCGGGUUGACGGAGAAAACCAGGCGGAAGAAGAAGAAGAACAACGCUAUUCGCUAAUCUAUUACGAAACAGGGAACGAUUUCGUCCCACCGGGGCCGGCCGUGUUUACCAUACCAAAGGAUUCUCCCUAGAUGCUUGCAUCGCGGUGGCGAGUUUCUUUUAAUGUGCGACUUGUUGUUUAAGUAAUAAACUAAUGGUUUAAAU